AGGGCCAACCACCCAUAUAGCAAAAGGCCAGUGGACCACUGGGGGCAGAGCUGGGGGUCCGCUGGCCUUUUGCUCAUCUGUUUUCGGGCGAUCCACGGGUGAGUUACAGACAGGCCCACCGUUUUGCCACUUGCUCUAAAAACAUUUUUUCCUGUAUACAUUUCUUCUUCUUCAUUCAUUUUUAUCAGCCCUUAAGAUUUGAAUGUUACCAGUGCGUAACACAAGUCUUUAAUUGAUCCAACUAAUUUCCACCUUCACGGCGGAGGCUCACAGAACAGUGGAGAGCAGGAAGACCCAGGCCCGUCAGAAACCACAGUCUGAAGUGUGGGGCUGGAAAAGGGAUGGUGUUGUGGAGACCUUCCAGCCUGCAGCGGCAAUAUGGAGGACUCUCGGUGGGUAGCAGUGCUGCAGACGACCACCGGGCGGAUGGUGGCGAUGCAGAAGACCCCCGGGCUGUCAGCGGCCCCUUUGGCCGGCAGGAACAAUGCAAAAGUCCCCCGGUCACCGGCACUGUGGAGGUCUGUCGACGGCUUUCUCUGUCGGUAGCGUGGAGUGCUACAACCACAGCACCCAGACAGAACAUGGCUCCGGUCGCCAAUUCAUCCCACUUCUGACACCAAUGUAGCGAGCCAGCCAGGAAGAAUAUGAGAUCGAAACUGAAAUCUCAGUUUUACUGCAGAUCCUGUGCCCCAUACACUGCCCAACCCCAAGAGCGCCACUUUAUUGGCCACUUGAACACACACACACAGACCAAGCAAAACGGAAAGGAGGUCUAAUCAUGACGAAGCUAGUGAUGGAAGAUGUUUGUUGGUGGGCUGAGUUGGGACACCACAAAGAAAGAUUUGAAAGAUUACUUCGGCAAGUUUGGGGAGGUGGUUGACUGCACUUUAAAGCUGGAUCCCAUGACAGGCCGGUCCAGGGGUUUUGGCUUUGUUUUGUUUAAGGAAGCAGAUGGUGUUGACAAGGUUAUUACACAAAAGGAACACAAACUAAAUGGAAAAGUAAUCGAUCCCAAAAAGGCCAAGGCCAUGAAGAGCAAGGAGCCUGUGAGGAAGAUAUUUGUAGGCGGGCUAUCACCGGAUACACCCGAGGAGAAGAUAAAGGACUACUUUGACGGAUUUGGAGAGGUGGAAUCUAUUGAAUUACCAAUGGAAAAUAAGACAAAUAAAAGAAGAGGGUUCUGUUUUGUUACUUUCAAAGACGAAGAACCAGUGAAGAAAAUAAUGGAAAAGAAGUUCCAUAACAUCGGCCUGAGCAAGUGUGAAAUCAAGGUGGCCAUGUCGAAAGAACAGUACCAACAGCAGCAACAGUGGGGUGCCCGAGGGGGGUAUUCUCCCCGAUCUCGAGGAAGAGGCGGAGGUCCAAAUCAAAACUGGAAUCAAGGAUAUGGCAAUUACUGGAACCAGGGCUAUGGCAACUAUGGCAACUAUGGAAACUAUGGCUACAACAAUCAAGGCUAUGGAGGCUAUGGGAGCUACGAUUACUCUGGUUACAACAACUAUUAUGGUGGACAUGGUGACUACAGCAAUCAGCAGAUUGGCUAUGGUAAAUCUCCUAGGCGUGGAGGUCACCAGAACAGUUACAAGCCAUACUAAAUGCGUAAAUGCCACAGAGUGUGCAGAGGUCCAGUACGAGGUACGGCAGGGGAGCAAAAGGAGAGGAAGUGACAGUGUGUCCAGAGUUGUGUUAUCAUGGAAUCAUGAUAAAGGGCAGAAAAAAGUCAUUACAAACUCCAGCAUUCAACUCUUUUUGGUGCAAAUCCAGAAGUUACCAACCUUGUUUUUCGUUACAUUUUCUUGCGUUAACAUCGCAGACUAUCUUACUUUUUAAAUUAACCUCUUGAUGUCUUCAAAACUCUAGGAGAUACUUUAUGUGCUGAAAUCUUGUGUUUGUAAUUUUCCUCUUGAUAAUAAUGAACACGUUUUGCUUCAGUUUUUGUGGAAAGUUCUUUUUUAUUUAUCCAGCUUUUUAGUGCAGUUAAAUUCUUUACAUUACAGAUAUUUGUCACAAGCAGAAGCAAAUUAUGGCAUCAUGUACAUUUCUAAACAAAAGAUGACAAUAAACUUCAGUAAGUAUUCAAUGA